CUUAUCAAUCGUUCAUUCUUCUUCAACUUGCCCAUAGGAACAGAUCGGGAAAUGUUUAUCGCUCUUAUUCUUAUUGGUUAUUUUCGUAUGUUACAUGUAUUUUGCACAGAAGAGCCGGAUGCAGUCAUGGACGCUACGAUGCAAAGUGUUAACGAACUGAAAUUACAAAUGGAAAUGAUGCAAUCAGAAAUCAUGGAAAUGCUUACAGUCUCAAAUGAAGAGAUGAAGGCAGUAAAACAAGACCUUCUUCAAACUAGGAAAGAGCUGAAACAAAAAGACGAGAUUCUGCGAGAAUUGGUGUCUCAAAGUCAGAAUAGAGGUCGAAGACAGGCAGAGUCAUACUCAUUCACGGCUGUUCUUGACCACACGGAAGAAUCUGUUCAUCCUGGUACCAUCAUCAAAUUCAACCGACUGGUCAGCAAUGAUGGAAACAUGUACAACGUGCACACGGGCAUCGUGACCAUACCAGUGACGGGAACCUACAUAUUCUCGUUCCAAUUUGAAGAUUGGGUGUCAGGGCAGAUGAUUGCCCGAUUGUUUGUAGAUGGCGACCAUAUUGUGGACGGCGUAGUCUUUCCGGCAGAUGGAAGAAGUGAACAGGCUGGGAACACUGCCAUAUUAGUGCUUAGACAGGGUCAGUCUGUGUGGGUAGAGAUGGGGGAUUCCGGGCGACUUUACGGGGAUCCGAAGUACUACCUCACCUCAUUCACGGGAGCUCUGCUGCAGUGAGCUUAACGUGCAAUUCAAAUGCUAUAUGAUGAAAAUAAAAUAAUGAGUU